GCCGAGACAAAUCGCCGGACCUGAAUUGGAAAUAUAAUAAUAAUUCUUAAUUAGCACUAAUUUUUUUAAUACUAAUACCGAGAUUAGCUUUUGCCACGUGCCUGACGUAAAGUCUGCUAGUGAUCUUGGUCACUUGAUGGACUCACUAGCGGAGGUAUUCGCCGAUGUCGUUCAAUAUGACCAAAUCGAAAAUGGUCAAACAAAAAUCGCUGCGUUGUGCGAUAAAAUGAUGGCGGCGCAUUUAGGCAGUCCCUUGAAGAGACUCGCGUACGUCUUUUUGAAUCAGACGGAUGAAAAUUGCACCGAUGUAAGUUACAAUGGUUUCUUGAAGAAGUACCGAAAUGUUUCGUGGGAUUCCCCAGCAGCCACGAAUGGAAUGAGGCAAUGGUUUCAUCAGACGUGCACUGAGUAUGGUUACUAUCAGACGUCGAACUCAGAUAAAUCAAUCUUUGGAACACUGUUCCCGAUAAAUUAUUACAUCAACUUGUGUAUCGAUUUGUACGGUGAUUAGUAAGUACAAUUAUACUUUAAAAGUGCCGAUCUGCAGAUAUUUUUCUUGCUCAAAUGUCAUUUAUUUCAUUAAUUUCAAAUAAGUCUGGUAAUAUGUAUACAUAUACAACAAGUAAGGGAAGGAAGAGCCAAAUUCGACCGAGACUAGACCAAUAAUAUUUUUAAUUUUUUUUUAAAUCUUGGCUCUUUGAAUUUGGCUCUUUCCUCCCUUAUUUCUUGUUGUAUUGAUAUACUGGUUUUGUUUAAAAUUAUUAUUAUUAUUUACACGCUAAUCUUCUUGCGUUCCUCCUUACAAAUAUUGGUUAUUGCGAUAAAUAUUAGUCACUGUGAUAUGUGGUAAUCAUUUCAAACAAGACCAGUAUACAUAUACAACAAGAGAUAAGAGGGAAAAGAGCCAAGAUUUAAAAAAAAUUAAAAAUAAAUUAUUGGGCAACUAACUAGUGGUUUAAUAGAUGAUGCCCUCCAGAGAGGAAAGAUUCGAAUCCUGGCUAAUAUUUUUUACAGUAAGUUCUUUAUCGUGUUUUAGGAUGCUUGUAGCAUCAUCAUCGAAUCCAAGAUUUAAUAUAUACAUAUGAUAUUAUUUCAGUUUUAAAUUAUAAUUGCAUUUUUAAAAACUGACAGUAAUCGGCGCCGCGUGCAGUUUACGUUAGUUGAAAUUUAAAAAGAAAUUGAAAAUAUUGGACAAUCAACAUCUAAUCUCCGCCGGUUUUGGCUCUUUCCUUUCUUACUUAUCAUUUAUUUCCAUAUUCAUAAUUUGUACAAAUAUAUCUGAUAUAAUAUACGCAUAUAAUAUAUUUUUACAACACGUUCAAAUGUUAAAGGUUACGAAAUUAAAUGCCACGACUUAAUUAUUAUUGUAUCAAAUUACAUUUCGAAUAAAGUACGCAGUUAGUUUUAUUUCUGAGAAAUGAUAACGCUGAAACUUAAUUUUAGUUAUAGUAAAAAGAUAUUGGAAUCACGGGUGAGAAGAACAAAUAUAAUGUACGGAGGACUACAACUGCCGGAUUUAAAAAACGUUAUUUUUACGAACGGCGAUAUCGAUCCGUGGCAUUCGUUAUCUGUGCUCAAAGAUCUAAACACCUUUUCACCUGCUUUUCUUAUUAACGGUAAUCAUGCAACAUAUUGAGAGAGAGAGAGAGAGAAACCCGGGAAAAAAAGAACAUAUCGGAACUCUGCCUUUUUUUCUAGCAGAAGAUAAUAUAAUGUCUUAUUUUAAAGGAUCUUCGCACUGUUGCGAUAUGAGUAGCGAUGUAGACACGGACACGGACGACUUGAAAGAAACCAGAGCGAAGAUUCGCGACAUAAUUGGCAAAUGGAUUUCCUCAUAAAAGUUUCUGUCAAAUUUCCCACGAAUACGCCGGUUGACGAUUUCGAAUGGGAGAUGAAUAAAUGAAACGACGCUCUUUUUCGUUGUAUUAAUUGUGAAGCAUUAGCAAAAAAAGUUAUGUACAACAUUUAGUAUGCGUUCAUAGUGCGAUUCAAAAUAAUAGACAUCGGUUAAUACUUGUAUUGCGUGGUUGUUAUCUACAUAAUACAAAAAUAAAAUUAUGUCAUCUUAA